UGUUGUCGAGAUUCAUUUCAUUAUAACCAUAAAUAUUUAUUAGUAUUAUUAUUUGCUGUUCGUCAACUGUACUGCAAGCACACGCAUUCACCAAGUAUAUGUAUAUAUCUAUUUAUAUAUGAAUUUCACAAAUGUUAACGAACAUGUCAUGGUUUAUUAUGUACAUAAAUUUUUUAUUUAAAAUUACAACAAGUUUUGAUUUUUUUAAAAUUCCUGUAUGUGCUUGUAUGUGCUAAACUUUAUACGACACGGAUGCAUUAUAUACAUCCUGAUCUAACUUUUUAUCCUUAUUGUUGUUAUUGUUAUUUUUUGUUAUCCUUAUUGUUGACAUUGUCCCUUAUUUAUAUUGCUUAUAUUCAUGUAAUCGUCCACGAGGACAGUACUGAUGGUCCUCCGGACCUCUAAGAGGGGGAGCCCUGUGGAGUCCUCAAAAAUAAACUUAUCCAAAUUUUACUACUAUGUAAAUAAUGAACAUAUUGUACACCACUUUGUUUUAACCAUAAACUCUGUACUUUGAACUUUACCUCGGGUUUUGAAUAAACAUAUAGUUCUGCCUUCGACUCUCCGUCUUCUCCACCAUCUCAACUGCCGUCGAUCAAUUUUAAUCACCUGCUUUCUAUCUCAAAUUUUUGCAGGAGCACCGUAGUUCUUCCUACGUACUUUGGUCGACCUCCGGCAACGUCAACAUUGGAGAAUUAGUACUGGAGCAGUCUUCCCGCAGCACCUGGAGUCUAUAACGUUUAUUGUGGACUUUGGAUCUUUGUAAACCCAAGUAACCAGACUUUAAUACAUUCUUCCCGUAACUAAACUGAUUUGGUACUUUAUUUUCUAUUUGAAUUUGGGUAACUAAGCUAAUAGAGUGAAAAGGUCCACCACAAUAAUUGGUGAGCCCGUUUCGAACCUUUUUUUAUGGUUAACCCGUUUUCAAACCUUUUUGUUUCGAUAGUUAACUCGUUUUGAACAUUUUUGUUGCUAUUUUGGCCUUAUAAACUCGCAUUGCUUUUAUUUUUGUUACCACAAGUUUUGCUAUUUUGUAUAUCUCUAUACUAAACUUUGUUUUGACAAUGGCUCCAUAUAAACGUGUCACUUUUCCGGAAGAACUUCAUAAAGGCGAAGUGAUACAGAACUCUCCUGUUACCGCCUUGCCGGAUUCCACAUCUAUGAAGGACGCACCAACGUUUUGGUUACUUUCCCAGUUAACAUCUCAAAUGCAAGACUUACGACUGGAAGUGUCCGAGCUUCGAGCACAAAGGAACCAGUCACAUACGGUAUCCAAGCAACGGCAAUCAAGAUCUAGACGACGUUCUAGAACACCGUCCCAAAGCCGUAACAUUUGUUGGUAUCACAGGAGGUAUGGGCAUAAUGCCCUGAAGUGUCUUCGACCGUGUAUGUACAACAGUGGUAACUCAUCUCAGGGAAACUCCCCAGCCAGACAGUAAUGGCGACGGCUGUUACUGGCAAUCACCCCAGUCGCCUUUUCUAUGUGAGGGAUUUGACUACCGGCACAUUAUUUCUGGUAGAUACAGGCGCCGAGGUCAGUGUUAUUCCCCCUUCACUAUCCAGGCGAUUAGCCAAAAUACCUGGAAAACUUUCACUCCGUGCUGCCAACCAAACCAACAUACAGACGUAUGGCGAACAGUCAAUGAUUUUAAACCUAGGACUACGCCGACGUUUCACAUGGAUCUUCAUAGUAGCUGACGUACGUCACGCUAUACUAGGUGCAGACUUCCUAAGUCACUUCAAUCUGUUGGUUGAUAUCAGCAAGAAAAAACUGGUUGACAAUUGCACCCAACUCAAGAUCCACGGUAUUACAUGUGACUACUCUGUUCAUAGCAUCUGUAUAGAAAAGCCGGAGAGUGAAAUGUUCUCUGCUUUAUUGCAACGAUUUCCUAAAAUCCUUAAACCAUCAUACAACGUCGAAGAUAUAUCUCAUACAGUUACGCAUAAGAUCAUCACAACAGGACAACCUGUGAAGGCACGUCCACGACGGUUACCACCCGAUAAACUAGCAGCAGCUAAGUCGGAAUUCGAACAUAUGAUGCAGCUAGGUAUCAUACGACCAUCUAACAGUUCAUGGUCUUCACCUUUGCAUAUGGUACCCAAAACUAAUCACGACUGGCGACCAUGUGGAGAUUAUCGCGCUUUGAAUAACGCUACGGUCCCAGACCGUUAUCCAAUACCUCAUCUCCACGACUUCUCCUUGACCUUACAUGGAAAGACCAUUUUUACUAAAGUUGACUUGGUCAGGGCAUAUCAUCAAAUACCAGUCGCUCCAGAAGACAUUGCAAAAACAGCAAUUAUUACGCCUUUUGGAUUAUUCGAAUUCUUGAGAAUGCCUUUCGGACUAAAGAAUGCUGCUCAAACAUUUCAGCGUUUUAUGGACCAAGUUACCCAAGGUCUUGAUUUCGUCUUUGUAUAUAUCGACGAUGUCUUAAUUGCCAGCUCAUCGAUGGAAGAACAUAUGGAACACUUAAGCUUGUUAUUUCAAAGGUUUGAACAAUUUGGAGUUGUUAUCAAUCCAAAGAAAUGUAUUUUUGGUUCCCCUUCCAUUGAAUUCUUAGGACAUCGAAUAACUACCGAAGGCAUCAGACCUACCGAAGAUAAGAUAAAAACUAUUAAGAACUUUCCCGAACCUGAUUCCUUAAAGAAACUUAGACGUUUUCUCGGGAUGUUCAACUUCUACCGACGUUUUAUUCCAUCAUGUGCCUCCAUAGUUCAGCCACUGACCGACCUACUUAGAUGCAAUUCGAAGAAAUUUCAUUGGUCAGAAGAGGCAAAAGCAGCAUUUAAUAAUGCAAAAGAUGCCUUAUCCAACGUUGUAAUGUUAUCUCAUAUCAACCCAGAAGCUUCACUCAUUUUAUGUACAGAUGCAUCGCAGGUAGCAGUGGGAGCAGUUUUACAACAAAAGUUCAAUAAUGACAUCACUCCACUUGCUUUCUUCUCCAAAAAGUUGGAACCUGCGCAAACUCGUUACAGCACUUUUGGCAGAGAACUGUUAGCCAUCUACCUAGCAGUGAAACAUUUCAGCUUCUUACUACAAGGUCGACAUUUUGCUAUCUUAACCGACCAUAAGCCUCUUUGUUAUGCUUUCACCACUUCGUUGGACAGACACUCUCCGAGAGAAGCCAGACAACUGGAUUACAUCUCACAAUUCUCAACAGACAUCCAGUUCAUCAAAGGAGAUUCCAAUAUCGUAGCCGAUUCUUUGUCUCGAUGUGACGUUAAUCACCUAUCUUCGAUAGAUAUUAGCUUAGACAAUAUUGCCAAGCUGCAGAAAAAUGACGCCGAACUCCAUACUUGUAGACGAAACUCCUCCCUACAGUUGCAGGAUGUACCUAUUCCCCUGUCUGAUACAACUAUCGUCUGCGACGUUUCAACGGGCGUUCAUAGACCUUUUGUUCCACUAAGUUGUCGAAAACCUUUGUUUGAACAUCUACAUUCAUUGUCUCAUCCUGGAGUGCGUGCUACGGUCAAGUUAAUCAGCGAGCGUUUUGUUUGGCCCAAGAUGAACUCCGAUAUUCGGAAAUGGGCCCGCCAAUGCUUGCAAUGUCAAAGAUCCAAGGUACAUCAUCAUACCGUCACACCUCCAAAACAGUUCAAUUUACCGGAUAAACGAUUUCAACACGUUCAUAUAGAUAUUAUUGGACCAUUACCGCCAUCCAGAGGAUUUACUCAUAUACUUACUGCGAUUGAUCGAUUUACCCGAUGGGCUAUUGCUUGUCCACUCAACGAUAUAUCUGCAGAAAAUAUCGCUUUGGUUUUCUUAGAUCGCUGGGUGUCAAACUACGGAGUACCCACAACUAUUACAACAGACCGAGGAGCUCAAUUUCAAUCAACUCUGUUUCGAGAGUUUACGAGACUCUUUGGAGUGAACCAUAUCUCCACUACAGCUUAUCAUCCUGCAGCGAAUGGUCUGGUGGAACGUUUCCAUCGACAACUGAAAAGCUCGCUUAUGGCACAAGCUGACUCAUCUAAGUGGAGUGAACACCUACCAUUAGUUCUUCUCAGUAUCCAAACAACUGUAAAAGAAGAUUUGGGAUGUACACCAGCUCAACUUGUGUAUGGUACUACCCUCACAUUGCCUGGUCAGUUAGUUCCGUCUAAUGAUUCAGCUGAAGUAAAUAUCUCCGACUUCACCAACCGCCUUACCCAGCAAAUGCUCCAGCUUCGACCAGUAGCCUCUCGCCAAUCACUUCAGAAAGUUCAAGUUAAUAAGAAUCUACUCACUAGCAAAUUUGUAUUUGUUCGCGUCGAUGCCAUUAGAAAAGGUUUACAGCAUCCAUAUGAAGGUCCUUUUCUAGUACUUAAACGCACCGAUAAAUACUUCACGCUGAACAAACAUGGUAAACCGGAGACUGUUUCUAUCGACCGUCUUAAACCAGCGUACACCGACAGCAAACAUGAAACACUAGCAACGCCGACACCAAUGAACAAUCAGAAAGUCAAUUCAACUCCAACUCUCCCUCUCUUCACUCUUCCCCCUGUACAGACACGCAGUGGACGGCAGAUCUGUAAACCUGCCCGCUAUGUUCAUUUUAUUGACUGACAU